AUGAUUCUGUGAACGAACACUCAAAUCGUAUGUGCAUUUGUCUCAGACCAUCAUUAAAUGUCUCAUUUACGUUUAAUAUGGUAGCAUUUGUCGCGGCUCUUUUUGCGUCAUUAUGACGUACAUAGCAAAAAUUAUUUUACUAAAAGGACAUAAUUAUAAUGCAAUUCUCUGCAUUCGCUGCCAUUAAAUCAGUUAUUGAGCGAUUCGUAUAAUUCAAAAACUGUUCACAAAGCUUACACACCUCAAAUUUCUCGGUACCGAUGUUUCUUGUUCUUUUCGUGAUGUCAUUUCUAGCCUCGGACUGCAUGCUAUGCAUGCUGCAAGCUAUACGAUACAUAGCAGGUCAUUGACAUAGAUUAGCACAUGGAUGCAUGACGUUCGUCAUCCUCUUCCACAUCAUCAGCCGGCGGCGUUGGGUGAGGUUUGGUAAGGAAACACCAUGAGUGCCGAGCAGCUGGAGCAGUACAACAGGAGGGCCGAGCAGGCUGAGGAGGAGAUCCGCCAGCUGCACAGCACCCUGCAGAAGCUGCUGUCUGGCUCUGCGAACUCCAACGAUACCGACUCCGAGGAGGUGGCCCGGCUUCGCGCCGAGAACCAGAAGCUGCGGUACCGCGUCGGCAUUCUGCGCCGGGCGACCGAAGAGGAACAGGCUAAGUCAGGCGGUGCGCAUUCGAAAACGGGCAGCACAGCUAUGGCGGGCGGAGCGCAGUGUCUGUUCGUGGCGCUGUCGGAACUGUUCAGCGCCGCCAUCCGGGCUGCUUUCCCAGACAUGGAUGAAGUGGCGACGGCUGUCAAUUCGAACUCGCGCUUCGGCGACUACCAGUGCAACGCCGCGCUGCCGAUCGUGAAGCGACUCAAGGACAAGGGUGUCAAGAUGAGUCCGCGCGACGUGGCACAGAAAAUCAUCGACUGCGUGCCGAGCAGCCCGCUGGUCGAACGGCUGGAAGUGGCCGGCGCUGGCUUCAUCAACGUGUUCGUCAACAAGACGUUCGCGGCGGAGCAGCUGCGGCUGAUGAUCGUGGGUGGCGUGCCGGCGCCUACCGUGCCUCGCCGACGCGUCGUCAUCGACUACUCGUCUCCCAACAUCGCUAAGGAGAUGCACGUGGGCCACCUGCGCUCCACCAUCAUAGGCGACAGCAUCGCGCGACUGCUCGACUUCCUCGGUCACGAUGUGCUGCGGAUCAACCACCUGGGUGACUGGGGCACCCAGUUCGGCAUGCUGAUCGCUCACCUCGCCGACAAGUUCCCCAACUUCCGAACCGAGACGCCGCCCAUUACCGACCUCCAGGCGUUCUACAAGGAAUCAAAAAAGCGGUUUGACGAGGACGAGGCCUUCAAGAAGCGGGCGUACGACUGCGUUGUACGACUUCAGUCCUAUGAAGAGGACAUCAUCAAAGCCUGGAAGCUCAUUUGCGCUGUAUCCGAGCGCGAGUUUGAGAAGAUCUACGAGCGGCUGAACGUGCACGGUCUGGUCCCGCGCGGCGAGUCGUUCUACCAGAGCCGCAUGCAGGGUGUGGUGCAGCAGCUGACCGAGGCCGGUUUCCUGGAGGAGGACGACGGCCGGAAGAUCAUGUUUGCGCCCGGCUGCGACCUGCCGCUGACGGUGGUCAAGUCGGACGGCGGCUUCACGUACGAUACGUCGGACAUGGCGGCGCUGCGGCAGCGCAUCCAGGAGGAGCGCGCCGACUGGCUCAUCUACGUGGUGGAUGCCGGCCAGGGCGCCCACCUGCAGUCAGUGUUCGCGUGCGCACGCCGCGCCGGCUGGCUCGACGGAGGCGUCCGCUGCGACCACGUCGGUUUUGGUGUCGUGCUUGGCGAGGACAAGAAAAAGUUCAAGACGCGCUCGGGCGACACGGUGCGGCUGGUCGAUCUGCUGGACGAGGGUGUGCGCCGCGCACAAGAGAAACUCCGCGAGAAGGGCCGCGACCAGGAGCUGACCGCCGACGAGCUGCGCGAGGCGCAGGAGAACGUCGCCUACGGCUGUAUCAAGUACGCCGACCUGUCACACAACCGCAACCACGAGUACGUGUUCUCGUUCGACAAGAUGCUGGACGACCGGGGCAACACGGCCGCGUACCUGCUGUACGCUCUGACGCGGAUCCGCUCCAUCAGCCGCCGGGCGCAGCUAACGCCCGAACAGCUGCUGGAGGCGGCCCGAGCUGGCACCGCCAUCCAGCUGCUGCACGAGAAGGAGUGGAAGCUGGCGCGCGUGCUGCUGCGCUUCCCAGAGGUGGUGGUACGCGUCACCGAGGACCUCUUCAUCCACAGUCUAUGCGACUACCUGUAUGAGUUGUCGACCACGUUCACCGAGUUCUACGACAACUGCUACUGCGUGGAGAAGGACCGGCAAACGGGCGAGGUGGUAAACGUCAACAUGUCGCGCAUGCUGCUCUGCGAAGCGACCGCACAGGUGAUGACCAGGUGCUUCGACAUCCUGGGCAUCAAGACGGUGCAGAAGAUGUGAUCCCUGUGCCCUCUAAGCGAUGCUUAAUUUUGACAUGGUUUUCACCAAAGCCCGUGAUCUGGUUGUGGACUAUUUUAAAUAUAACCAGCAGUCAAAUGA